UUCUUGGAGUAAGUGAUUUUGUUUUACUCGUAUAACUCAGCUGUUAACUUUGGGGAACCGAACAAGCUUGCGCACCUCAUUUUACAUGUAAGCUGGCUUGGGAACCGAGUUAUCGAUAAAACAAGUUGCGCGCAUCUCACGUCGAUGUGAGCGCGGACAGUUACCAUACUUGGCCGGCGAUGACAACCGUGGCGGUGGCCGUCAAAGGUGGCGGCGGCAGCCUCGGGGGCAACGGAAGCCGUCGAGCUGUCAGGUGGGCGGUCGAGAAUCUCAUGCCUAACGCCACUCGUUUCGUCCUAGUUCACGUCGUGCCUACCAUCACUUCAAUUCCCACUCCAUCCGGGGACACUAUCCCCAUUGAGCAACUGGAUGCCAAUGUGGUGGAAAUGUAUAUAAAGGACACAAAACUUGGUUUUCAGGAGAUAUUUUUACCAUUUAAGAAACUAUGCAAAAGAAGAAAGACUGAAACUUUGGUGCUGGAAGGUGACAAUCUUGCGUCAGCACUUCUUAAAUAUGUUACUGACUCCGGUGUAAGUAGUUUAGUGUUGGGCUCUUGCAGUUCCAGUUUUAUCACGAGGAAGCAAAAAGAUUCUACCCUGCCAUCAGCAGUCCUAAAAAAUGCUCCUGAAGCCUGCAAUGUUUACAUUGUGACAAAACACAGACUCCUCACAACUUCUGCUGCCCCCUUGUCAACUGGUGAGAACAACGCUAGCCAAUGGUGCUUUAACUGGGGAGAGCGCAAUUCUCUUCACAUCUAUAAGUCAAACAGUGGCCAUUAUUUGUCAUUAGUGGAUUGUGGAGCUACUGAUACAGCGUCAUCUGUGUCAGAACUUAGUCGCUCUAAUUCACAUAGGUCCAACCAUUCUGGUUCACUCGAAGAAAGAAAUCAUCAAAACUCGGGAAAUAUAGAAAUUGAGGAAGUAAAUGAAUGUCCUUCUGUGUCUUCCACAGAAACAAAGCAGUCGGACAUGCAGGCUGAGGUAGAUCAACAGUGUCUAGAACUAAAUGGUUGCCAUUCUUCUUCCUCAGAGGAUUGUGAAGAUAACGACACAGUGUCAUAUGUGUCAGAUGUUAGUUCCUUGAAUUCUAUAGCAAUUGCACAAGAGAGGUAUCCCAACAAUUCUGGUUCACUCAGAGAAAGAAAUCAUCGAAACUCAGGAACUAGUAUGCUAGAAGUUGAGUCAGUAAAUGAAUGUCAUUCUGUGGCUUCUACACAAACAAAAAAGUCGGAUGUGCAGGCUGAGGAAGAACAACUGCGUAUAGAAUUAAUGAACACUGUUGGCAUGUACAAUCGAGCUUUUGAAGACCUAGUCCAAGCGCAAAAUGAGGUUCACUUUCUUUCUUCUAAAUGCCUUGAAGAAGAAAGACAAGUAAAUACCGCAUUGCAAAGAGAAGAAGUUUAUAAGAAAAUUCUUGCAGAAGUGAAAAGGAAGCAUUUGGAAGCCGUGAAGGAGAUUGAGAUUGCAAGAAAUCUGCUUGCUAAAGAGACUUAUGAAAGGCAAAUAGCAGAAUCUAAUGCACUCAAAGAAUCUGUGGAGAAAAAGAAAACUAUCGAUGCGCUCCUGUCAAAUGACCGAAGGUACAGAAGGUACACAAGGGAUGAAAUAGAGAUAGCUACCGAUACCUUCUCUGAGACUAAGAUGAUUGGUGAAGGAUCAUACGGGAAAGUAUACAGAUGUGACCUCGAUAAAACCCUAGUAGCUGUCAAAGUUCUACGUUCCGAUGCAUUGGAGAAGGAAAAGGAAUUUCUGACGGAGAUUGAAGUUCUUAGCCAGUUGCACCACCCAAACAUUGUUUUACUGCUUGGAGCCUGUCCAGAGAUUGGUUGCUUAGUAUUUGAAUAUAUGGAAAAUGGAAGCCUAGAAGAUUUUGUUUCCUGCCAAAGCAGCAGGCAUCCUCUUCCUUGGUUUGUUCGAUUCCGGAUAGCAUUUGAAGUAGCUUGUGGACUUGCAUUUUUACACAACACAAAACCAGACCCUACUAUUCAUCGAGAUCUAAAACCGGGAAAUAUAUUUCUGGACAGAAAUUAUGUGAGCAAAAUUGGUGAUGUGGGGUUGGCUAAACUCGUAUCAAAUGUUGCGCCAGAUGAUGUCACAGAAUAUAGGGACUCUGUUAUAUGUGGCAGUCUUCACUAUAUGGAUCCAGAGUAUCAAAGAACUGGAACUGUCCGACCUAAAUCUGAUCUAUAUGCUUUUGGAAUCAUUGUGCUCCAAUUGCUCGUUGCACAACCUCCCAAUGGGCUUUUGUUGAAAUUUAAAAAUGCAAUUUCCAAUGGUUCGCUCUAUGAUAUAUUGGAUAAGUCUAUACCGGAUUGGCCACUUGCCGAAACAGAGGAGAUGGCUCAAAUGGCCCUGAAAUGCUCCGAACUUCGAUGCAGAGAUAGGCCCGAUCUUGAAACUGAAGUGUUGCCGCUUUUGAAGAAACUUGCUGAUAUGGAAGAUGGUACUUUAAGGCUAAAAAGGAAUAGUAUUCAACCACCUAACCACCACUUCUGCCCAAUACUUCAGGAAGUAAUGGAGGAUCCAUACAUUGCCGCUGAUGGUUUUACAUACGAGCACAAAGCCAUCAAAGCGUGGCUUGAGAGAUACGGUUUAUCGCCGGUAACAAAACUUAGGUUGCAGCAUAAAGUGCUUAUUCAAAAUCAUACAUUACGUUCCGCCAUACAGGAUUGGAGGUCACGCACAACAUCAUCAUCCGGUUAAGUAUUCAUAGUUGCGGGGUAUCAUUCAAAGCCAGCAUUUUAUUUCACAAGGCAAGUUUCAAGUGAUUAAGUAUUUCGGGCAUGUUUUUAGGUUUAAACAAGUCUAAUAGUAGUCUUUAUGAGAUGUUGCAUAAUGCAUUGUCCAUAUACGAAUCCAAGCGUAUAUAUUUUUUGGGAUGUUAUCCA